GGCAAAAGGAGCUACGACUACGACCGGGCGGUGUGGCUGCGUGCGGGUGAGCCGGUGAGGUGUGCGACCGUGACUGCACCUGCCCGCCCGGCCUGCCGCCGAGAGACCGAGAGGAGAGAGUGCCCACUAGCCAGAUGCUACGAGCGCCAUAGAGGAGAUGACGGGGAUGAGGCGCAGCCACGCCGACGGCGGCGUACGCCUGCCUAUAUAUGGGAGGUCCUCGCCGCGCCCAUCCGAGCAGCAGGCCAUCCCUUCCAGCUUCCGGUAGCCCUUCCCCACCAGCGCAGCGGCGCGAGAUGGGUGCUCGUGGCCUCCCUCCGGCUCUGCCUGCCGCCAUGCCGGCGCUCCUCCUCCUCUGCCUGGUGGUCGUGCCGUCCGCCUUGCUCCGGCCCGCGGCGGAGGCUGCGCGCGGGCACAGGGACGACGGCGCUCCUAGCGGCGGCACCGGCGGCAGCUGCAGCAACAGCACGGCCCCGCGGCUGUGGGUGUUCGGUGACUCGUACGCGGACACCGGCAACCUGGGCGACCUCGGGCGGGAGCUGACGCACGCGUGGUACGACCCCUACGGCGACACCUUCCCCGGCCGCCCCACCGGCCGCUUCUCCGACGGCCGCGUCCUCACCGACUUCAUAGCUUCGGCCAUGGGGAUGCCGACGCCGGUGGCGUACAAGCUGCGCAGGGGCGCCGGCCCCGGGCUCCUCGCGCGCGGCAUGAACUUCGCCGUCGGCGGCGCCGGCGUGCUCGACACCGGCAACUUCCAGCGCAACAUCAGCGCCCAGAUCGACCUGUUCCAGGCGCAGCGCCCUGCUGCCGGAGGAGGCGCCCGCGGCUGCGACGCCGGCGUCGCGCUCGUCGUCGUCUCCGGCAACGACUACUCCUACGCCGCCGACAAGGACAACGGCACGAGCGCGGCGAUCGCGUACAUCCCGACGGUGGUGCGGCAGCUCCGGGAGCAGCUGCGGCGGCUACGCGACGAGGCCGGGAUGCGCAGGGUGGUGGUCACCAGCCUGCACCCCCUGGGGUGCACGCCGCUCUUCACCAGGGCUCUCAACUACAGCGGCUGCGACCCGCUCGCCAACGCCGGCGCCGCGCAGCACAACGCCGCGCUCCGGUCCGUGCUCGCCGGGCUCGACCCGACCAACCGCACCUUCCUCCUCCUCGACCUCAACGCGCCCUUCGCCGCCCUCGUCGACGCGCCCGCGGCGGCGCCGGGGAGGUUCGCGGAGCCGAGGCGGCCGUGCUGCGAGACCCUCGACGCCGGCGGCUACUGCGGCCAGCAGGACGACGACGGCAAGAGGAUGUACACGCUGUGCGACGACCCCACCAAGCACUUCUACUGGGACGACGCGCACCCCACGCAGGCCGCCUGGGCCGCCGUCGCAGAGGCUUUCAGGCCCAAGAUCCGCGAGUUCCUCUCCACCUGACGACCUACAUUGAAUUUCGACUAUUUUUCUUCCGCGGGGAUAAAAAAAAUGCGCAAAGAAUCGCCCAAAGCUAACAAAAUCAUAUUAGUGAAAUUUUAUAGUUUCUGUUCCUCUAAAAAUUCCAGAGUCAGUUUCUCUGGAAGCAAAAAGGACACGAGUUACACUUUUUACCAUGCAAAAACAA